CGACUGCCCCUCCCCGUCCAGCGUUCACGCUGAGUGCGAGCAUGCGCACUGACUCCCUCUCUCCCAAUCUCCCAGCGCGAGAGGAAGCGGCGGCUCGGCGCGCUGGAGCUGCGCGGUUUAACCAGGCCGCGGGGACAGGCAGACCGACAAGGCCGGGAAUAUACUCUCAUCCCGCCUCCUUUAAUGGCGGACAAAGACGGUGACCGUGACAGAGGAGCGCCGGCUGACACCACCGUGCGCCCGGGCUCUCCGUUACCGGCAGCGCAGCCGCUGCCCGAAGAAGAAGAGGAAGAGGAGGUGGAAGAGGAGACGACGACAACAACCAUCACUACCACCACGGCGGCAGCGGCUGCGGAGGACGAAGAGGCCGACGAUGGUGCCGAGCCGGGAAAUGGUGAGGCCGCCGCCACCGGCCCUCCACCGUCGCUGCUGCUGCAGACCCAGGAGUUGGCCUCCAAGCGGGUGGACAUCCAGAACAAGCGCUUCUACCUGGACGUCAAGCAAAACGCUAAGGGGCGCUUCCUGAAGAUCGCCGAGGUGGGCACAGCGGGCCGCAAGAGCCGCCUCACCGUCUCAAUGCCGCUGGCGGCCGAGAUGCGCGAUCGCCUGGGCGACUUCAUCGAGCACUACGCGCAGCUGGGGCCUGGGGGUGGCGGCAUCGGCGACGCCAGCUCCCGCAGGCCGCCGCAGCAGCAGCAACAGCACCACCAUCAGCCCACGCCGGCCCCGACCUCCCAGCCGCAGGCCCCGCUGCAGUCUCGGGCCCAGGAGGGGCAGGGCGAAGCGCCUCCGCCGCAGCGGGUGCUGAAGAGCGAGUACUUGGUGAGGGAGAACCGCAAGUAUUACCUGGAUCUGAAAGAGAAUCAACGCGGGCGUUUCCUGCGCAUCCGCCAGACCAUGAGCCGAGGCCCGGGCUGGGGCUACUCGGGCCAGGGACAGACCAUCGCCCUGCCCGCUCAAGGCCUCAUCGAGUUUAGGGACGCUCUGGCCAGGUUGAUCGAAGAUUACGGUGUUGGCGGCGGGCCAGGCCCAGGAGGAGGAGGCGGCGGCCUCCUGGGCGAUGGCGCCUCGGCUCUUGUGCCGCCCGAGCUGCCCGAGGGCACCUCGGUACCCGUCGACAACAAGAGGUUCUUCUUCGACGUCGGUUCCAACCGCUAUGGGGUGUUCUUGAGGGUGAGCGAAGUGAAACCGGCUUACCGCCACUCCAUCACAGUCCCCAGCAAAGCCUGGGAGCGAUUCGGCGACAACUUCAUCCGAUACGCCGAGGAGAUGAGGGCAAUCCAAGAGAAGCGCAGGGACAGGAGGGCCGAGAUGUCCAGGGAGACCGUAGCAAACAGUGAAGAGGAAGAAGAAGGAGAUUGACAUCCAUACAGCCUACCAACAGAAAUAAGACUGACUUCUCGUAAAACCUUCAUGGAAAAUAUGUGCAUCAAUUCUCUACGUGAACAGUUACAGCCUGCCUGCUGCUUUACUGAUGCCAAAACGUAUUUUAACCAUCACCAAUCAAGUUAAGUAUUUAAUGUUUGCUAAUAUGCAGCAUUUGAAUACUUUUAUUUCAGCACCUCAAAUUAUUAACUUAAUGUGGCCAGUAAGAGGCCUGAACCAACAAUAUUUCAUCCUGAUUUUACAUUGUUCUAAGUACUCUCCCCUUCACACAAUGUUUGCGAAAUAUGAUCAUCACAAAAUAUUUUUCUAUCGUUCGCAAAUAUUUAAAAAAUGUAAUAUUUCCAAAGUUGGUAUUUACGUCAAAACAUUCCGGCACUUGAAAUAUUGAAACCUAGUUGAUUGGCCUAUGAUUUAUAACUUUAAUGUUACUCAAAAUUAAAACCAAUUGAGAUUAAGUUGUAAAACGAAUUCUGUAUUUGAAUUCCCAAGUAGAUCAUGCUGAGGGAAAGUGAGUAGAUGUAUUUUUUUAAUAAUGGAUGAAUACUUCAGACCAAUCUGCAUACUAAAUUCCCUCUCAAAUGACUGCUUGUUUUGGGGUUUUUUCAGAAAAUUGUAAUCCUAUUUCUAACUGCCCAUUGCUAGGGUUAUUAUCAUAGCAUUUAAUGCAGUAAUAUGGUAUCAACAAAAAGUCUUGCAUUUCAAAUUUUAUGCCCUAACUAAAUUGCACUAAUUGUGUAUCUUCCAAGCGUGUGCGUGUGGGUGUGUGUGUUAUGCGUGUGAGAGAGAGAGGUUUGUACACUUGAAAAAGCUCUUACUGGUCACUGUGCAAAUAAGUCCCAAGCACUUUAUAUUGUCGUCUCAAUACUUUAAAUCCUUGCUUUGGUAAACUCUUAAAAACAUUUGGCUUUAAUGCUAUUUUUUUUAAUUCUUCAAAAAAUUAAAUUCUCAGGUAAAAGAAAUCCUUUAUUCACUUCUAAAAAUCAUCUAAUUAAUUAUGUCAGUUAAAAUUUACAAAACAUUAGAUUUAAUCAUCGGUCUAUUUAAUUAGCUUUUGUCUUUUUAUUGCCCUUUCAUUCAUAAUUAAUAGUGCACAUCAGUUCACUUGUAAUGUGAAACUCAGUAAUAUCUAAAUGUAUCGUACAUAAACUGUUAUUCCAUGUAUUACUAUUAAAACUAUUACUUUUAUGUGGGAUUCCUUGCAACACAAACGUACAAUAGCAUUAUGUCCGUAUUUUGUUUACACCAACCUUCUAUUAUUAUAGUACCUAAACACACAAUGUAUUCAGAAAAAUGUAAGUGCUUUUUAGCAGAAUUUAUUGUUGUAUUUGCGAAGUUUUAGUCUAUUUGUUUCAUGUUCAACAAAUGAUGUGUUGAAACUCAGAAAAUCUGCCUUUUAAUUGAUGUCUGAUAGCAUGAUAUGUCAGAGGAAAACAGGUAGGGCUUGAUGCUGAUUUUCUUUUUCCCCUCUGAGACAUGGGAGCGAUUGAAAUCCUUGCAGUCGCAAGUUCUGCUAAUAAAAAAUAAAGGGAUUAGACUAUUGCUGUGCAUUUUCAAACCUUGACUAUGUGUUUAUUUUACUACAGGAUGUGAACCUACAUUGGUUGAGCAUCAAGCCCUUGUGAAGGAAGAGAUCAUUUUUCGAGGAGAAACAAAUGCUAUUUGAAAUGAUAGUCGGGUAGGGUUUAAUUGUCAUCGGUAAGUUUUAGGCCUAAAAAACACACACACACACAAAAAAAAAUUGGUUCUAGUUUUAAGCAAAGUACAAUUUCAGUUAGGUCCAUAAGUUUGGGUCCUUUCUAUUUCUUGUAUAUGAUUGCUGAAGUGCAGCAUUUCCUCUCAAUAGUGCUUCUGUAGAUCCCAGCUAUGCAUACCUGCUAAUAAAUCGCAAGAGUUUAAAAUCUGUGGUGUUUGUUCUAUAAACUACUCAUAAAUUAAAUUGCGCAUGUUUUUGAAAAUGAUCUUUGCUGUAUGUUCAUUUCUAGCAGUCAGGCACUCCAUGAAGCAAAAUUAUUUUAUUAAAUUUUAAGAAAAUAUUUUUAUAUGAAAAAUGAUCUCUUCCCCUGAAGUCUUCAAAUUCAAAUGGUAUAUCACUAUGAAAUAUGUAUUUAUUAUAUAUGUAAUAACAUUGCUUAACUGUAUUUAUAAUUUGAGGUCUAGUGCAGCUGAUAUGUUUGUAAUGCAUUUGAUACUGUAUGUAAAAUAAACAAUUAAAAUGGUAGUAUUGUGAAACAAGUGGCCAGUUAUGUUUGACUCUUAAGUUUGGAUUAAAAUGGCAUUUUUUCUCAAAAA